AUGGUGGGAGUUCCGCACAGCACAGGCUGUGCCCUGUGCCGCGAGCGACGGAUCAAGUGCGACGAGGCAGUCCCGGAAUGCAACCAGUGCCAGAAAUAUGGUCGCGCAUGUCCGGGCUACCGGCGAACUUUCCGCUUUCAAGACGAAGGCCCCAACCUCGCGCGACGACAUCGCACCAACACGCGACGGAGGGGGAAAGGCGCAUUGGCAGGUCCACGCGCGCCGGCUACAUCUUCAACCCAAACUGACCUAUUCGUCCCCGCACACGGUGACUCCACCGCCGCUGCAGACGUAGUGCGCGGCAAUGCGAUUGCCCUCAUGCGCCGCCACUCCUCCUUGGGUGGCUGGGAUGAAAAAGUGUCGCCGUCGCUGGUGCGCAAGUCCUUCCGUGCUGCACAGCCACAAUUAUUCCUCGACUUCAUCAGCACGUCGUUUCCGACCCUCUAUUAUCAUAAUCGGUUCCGGUCUGGCGAUGCGCCCGGGUUCGCCGAAUAUAUCGUCAUGAAUUUUGGUACAGAUGCUUACCUCGACUCCGCGGUUUGCUGCUUGAGCUCUGUCUAUUUAGCGCACUUGACUCAAGAUAAGGCUCUCUUCAAAGCAAGUCGACAAAUGUACUCGAAGUCACUGAGUGAGGUUAUUCGGGCCAUCCCGAAAGCCGACCAUGCCAAAUCUGACAACAUGCUAUGCACAUCCAUCAUCCUCAGUGUCUUUGAGAUGUACGCGCAGACCACGCCCGACGCCUGGGUCGUGCACUCCGACGGCGCGAAGCGACUGAUGAUAAGUCGAGGCCCAGAAGCGCACGACUCUGGGUUCGGAAGAUACUGCUGGAUUGCAUUCCGCGGCUUCUUCAUCGCGACAGCGGUCUACGAAGGCAAACCUUGCUUUCUAGACCAAGAAGAAUGGCAAUCCUACGCGACGAAAGUCAGGACCGAAGACUGCCAGAAACCCGGCGAGUGGUCUGCAUACGGAGAAAUAUCCGACCUGGCUUUCAUGGAAAUCGCCAAAUGCCCGCGGUAUAUCAGCGAAACCCAGGAUCUUCUUUCAGUCCCGGCCGAGCCAGACUCAACUUCCAUCACAAAUCUCAUCGGGCGCAUAAAUGACACUUCCCGUCGGCUGCGCUCGCUCGCCUCGGAGCUCCGGUCCUGUAUCAGCGCGCACAGCCAGCGCCAGCAAGGUAUCAUCCAACGACCUGGAUCUUUCGUGGGCCCCGUUCCAGAGAUCUUCCCGGACACUGGUCCGUCGCUGCUCCUCAAUGGAGCAGAAAAUAUGCUAGAAAUACUACAACAGCUCUCAGACCGUCUUGGAGACCGAUUGCGCUUUAAUCUCAUCGAGGAAAAUUCGCCGGAGUCGACUGUUGUCACGCCACCCGGCGGUGAUAGUGAAUAUUCCAUAUCCCCCAAUUCUGCAACGUCGAAGAGCUCCGUCCUCCCCUUCCGCAUUCAUUCGGAGCUUGGACAGGGUCCGUCUAAGACCUCUGAUCCACAUGAUCCCCGUGCUGUGAUCUGGUUGGAUCGUAUAGCGUCGUCGAUGGGUGUCCUCGGCGCAAAGGUCCUCCCGGGUGAUGGCUCGAGUGCUUCAGUGCAGAUGGACAACUCACCUCAAUUAUGGGAGUUGCAAUAG